AUGGAGCACAUAAUUGUUGUCAACGGCACAUGCGAAGAAGCACACAGUCUUUCGGAAUUGAAAGAAACCGAUCUCGGAGACUACAAAAUUUGUUUGAACCAGCGUCCCGACACGACACUGUGCAUUGUAUACUCGAGUGGCACCACGGGCUUGCCAAAAGGCGUGCAGCUGACCCACCGGAACCUCAUAGCCCAAGUGAUAUCGUAUAGUCCAUAUUUCGCUUACCAUGGGAAAUCGAAGUGGCUUCCAGCUGACCACCUCCUUGGUCUUACAAACGUGGUAACCCUCCGAGAACGCAAGAAAUCGGUAGAAGAGAACGAGAAAUAUAAGGUUGCCAUGAAGCGUGACUACGACCGUGCUCACUCCACAAAGGCACCUGACACCAAAGUGGUGGACUUUGACACACGGAAAACCCUAGGACCGAACCAGCAAGGGGAAAUAUGUGUGAAAAGUCCCGCUGCCUUUAAGGCCUACUUGAAUCAACCGAAAGCGACAGCUGAUGCUUACGAAGACGGCUUCGUCCGCACAGGAGACAGGGGCUACUACACGGCUGACGGCUGCUUCUUCUUGUGCGGACGGUUCAAGGAACUGAUAAAGUGCAUGGACCAGCAGGUGCCUCCAGCCGAGUUGGAAGAGCUACUGGCUGCCGACCCCGCGGUGAAGCAUGUGGUUGUGGCCGGGAUUCCGCACCCACAGUAUGGAGAGGCGGCCCGCGCAUUCGUUGUGCACCGGCUCCGCCCUACGGAUCCGCUCGAAGAACAGCGGGAAGCAGAAAGAAGUUUUGCUUGCACUAUUUCAGAUCGACUGGCCUAUCACAAGCAUUUGCACGGUGGCCUUGAGUUCCUGGACAGCAUCCCACAGACUGAUAUCGGAAAAGAUUUACGGAACUCUGUUAAGAUGGCCUACAUUGAGCGUUGCCAAAGCGAACAGCAAGACCAGGUCUGGGCCGUCCAGCUAGCAGGGGCAGCUGCUGAGACCCAGGAGAUCUCGGCCGUCUACUAG